GAGACCAUUAGUGAGCCAGCCGGGUGACACAUUGCAUGGGAUUAUAAUUCUGAUUCUAAACAGCCAGGGAGAAGCAACCACUGGUCCCAUUGUUGGGAAAUGGAAAUCAUUUACCUCUGAAUCCAGUCCAGAAGGGGGAAUGUAAACCCACCAAAUCAUGAGCAGGUGGUGUACUCAGCACCUCCUUAAUCUGUAAGGGUCAUCAGUAAAUCAGUAAGAUUAAGAGAUUAUAUAAGAAUCCAGGUCCUCAGAUACUGACAGCAGUUUUAUAAAUCCAGCAGGAAGCUUCUGGAUCUUGGACUCCUUGGAUUUGUACAGAACUCAAAAGUCAGGCUGCUGAGCACCAUUGCAUGGUUUGGGGCCCCAGCACUGGCCACAGGAUGUGGACGGCAAUUCGCAGAUGCUUCCCAAGGGCCAUGCUGAACCCGAGGGGCUUUAGGGCCCUGCGGCAGCUGUCUGGCGGAGGUCAGGCCUCUCUGGAGAUCCCGGUCUGUCCCUCCUCACGGGGGAGGUGCUACCAGCACACCCUGGCGGCUCCGCUGCCUGUGCCCCCCCAGCCCAUGUGCACCCCCAGCCUAGGCAUCAAACGGGCCAUGUACCUGGAGCGAGAGCGCCAGCUGGAGGUAACAUGGGAGGAUGGCAGCAGCAGCCGUUAUCCACUGAUCUGGCUCAGGGAUAACUGCCAGUGUGCCCAGUGCAUGCUGCAGUCGGCCAGUGCCCGCAGCCUGCCCCUGUCCCACCUCGAUAUGGACACCGGCCUUGAGAGGGUCCUGAUCACCGAGCCCUCAAAGGUGUCCCUAGUGUGGCCGGACCAGCACAUCAGCGAGUUCCACGCCUCCUGGCUGAAGAAGCGGUGCUUUUCCUCCAGGGCGCGCCAAGAGAUGCAGGAUGAGCUCUUCCUCAACCAGCGAGUCUACUGGGGCUCCGAGCUGCAGCUCCCCACCACCAGCUUCCAGGAGGUUCUCCAUGAUGACAAAACCGCACUGGCCUGGCUUGCCACCCUGCGACGCACUGGCAUAGUCUACCUGAAGGGGGCAUCGCUGGAGCAAGGUCAGGUGGCCAAAUUGAGCCAGAGGAUUGGCUACCUUAGGCUGACUUUCUACGGGCACACGUGGCAGGUCCAGGACAAGCCAACAGCCAACAAUGUAGCCUACACCUCUGGAGACCUUAGCCUGCACACGGACUACCCCGCCCUGCACCACCCACCGGGCGUGCAGUUUCUGCACUGUCUCAGCCAGGCCCAGCAGGGCGGCGACAACGAGGUGGUCGACGGCUUCCACGUGGCCUACCAGCUGCGGCAGCAGAACCCGGAAGCCUUCCGGAUCCUCUCCUCGCUCCGGGUGGACUUCACCGACACCGGCUCGGAUUACUGCGACUUCGCCGUGCAGUCGAAGCACCGCAUCAUCGAUGUCGACUCUGAAGGGCAGGUUGUGAGGAUCAACUACAACAACGCUACCCGAGACUCAGUGUUGGACCUGCCUCUGGAGCAGGUCCAGCCUUUCUACUCGUCCCUGAGAGCCUAUGUGGACCUCAUGACCCGGCCCGAGAACGUGGUCACCUACAGGAUGGAGCCGGGAGACAUCAUCACCUUCGAUAACUGGAGGCUGCUGCACGGACGGCGCACCUACACGUCCGAUCCGGUGAGGCCGCGACACCUGGAGGGGGCGUACCUGGACUGGGACGAGGUCAUGUCUCGCCUUCGACUCCUGCGUAGGGCCGUCUACGGGGGGUGCUGACAGGUUGCUUUUAAUAAACAAGGAGAUCCCACACCCCCAUGCAGGACACAAUGUUCAUUUCUAAGGAUGGAGCGUUAAGGCCACACCCACCUUCCUCAGUCACCUGCACGCUCGGAGUGCCUUUCCUCUGAGGUCACCCCUCUGCCGCGGAUCGGUCCGGACCCCCGACCCCAUCGGGCUUGGGGCCCAGCUCCUUACGCAUUGCAUUGUGGGUGAUGCUUUUUGCGUGAAUGUAUGCAGGAUCCACUCCCACUCAAGUGGUUCCCAAAUAAUAGCAUUUUUCUGUAUUUCAUUAAGGGAUUUUGGUUAGUUUUAUGGCGUCGUCUUAAUACUUAACAUGGGCUGUUUGAAUGUAGUAGUAUGAUUUUGAAUAAGAUGAUAUGAGGAUAUAUAGGAAAUAUUUCCAGGUCUUAAAUUAAUUCUUAUAAAAUCAGCUAUUUUAUGCGAGUUUAAAAUGCAUAAUUUUAAAAUAACACCAAGUAUAUUUUUAUUUAAAUUACGUGAGAUCAGUUAAAAUAUACCAUUUUAAUUUUCAAACAACAAUAAUUGUUUCUUGUAUGUAAUGUUGGAAAUCCAUGUAUGUCUGUAGAACAUGACUUUUGUAAAUCGAGAUCCCUCAGCACAUGUACAAUGCAAUACCUAACAAUGCAAUACCUAACAAUGCAAUACCUAACAAUGCAAAACCAGAGAAUAUUUAUGGCGUAUAUAUGAAUUAUGCAAUACCUCAUCUAUUUUUUAUACAGACAGAGAUGCACAUAAAGACUCGUGGGUGAAAUGUGUCGUAUGAUGUAUAAGGGUCAUUAAAAUCAUUUACUGUUGAA